AUCCCCACCACCAGGAGCGUUGCAAGUGAGUUCCCAAAGGAAGAGAUGAACGGCGGUGCAGGGUGCCACACACACAGUAUCUGAAAGAGGAAGCAUCUCCACUCUGCACACCCCCAACAAAAUGGCUGCUCUUGGACACACACUGCCCUUCUACACUGGCCCCAAACCAACCUUUCCGAUGGACACAGCUUUGGCUGUUAUAAUCACCAUCUUUCUGACUGCACUGGUUACCUUUAUCAUCAUCCUGCCUGGCAUCCGUGGAAAGACGAGGCUGUUCUGGAUGCUGCGGGUGGUGACCAGCUUAUUCAUCGGGGCUGUGAUCCUGGCUGUGAAUUUCAGUUCUGAGUGGUCUGUGGGCCAAGUCAACACCAACACGACAUACAGAGCCUUCAGUCCCAAGUGGGUGAGCGUGGACGUGGGUCUGCAGAUUGGACUUGGAGGAGUGAACAUCACACUCACAGGGACUCCAGUGCAGCAGCUGAAUGAAACCAUCAACUACAAUGAGGAGUUCAGGUGGCGCCUAGGUGAGAACUAUGCAGAGGAGUAUACAAAGGCACUGGAGAAGGGACUUCCAGACCCGGUGCUCUACCUGGCUGAGAAGUUCACCCCUCGAAGCCCAUGUGGCCUGUACAACCAAUACCGCCUGGCAGGACACUACGCUUCAGCCAUGCUGUGGGUGGCAUUCCUCUGCUGGCUGCUGGCCAAUGUGAUGAUGUCUAUGCCUGUGCUGAUUUAUGGUGGCCACAUGUUGCUGGCUACUGGCCUCUUCCAGCUGUUGGCUCUUCUCUUCUUCUCCAUGACCACAUCUCUCAUCUCACCCUGUCCCCUACACGUGGGCACUGCUGUGUUGGACACUCAUCAUGGGCCCGCUUUCUGGAUCACGUUGGCCACAGGACUGCUGUGUAUCCUGCUUGGUCUAGUCAUGUCAGUGGCCCACAGGAUGCAACCUCACAGACUAAAGGCUUUCUUCAACCAGAGUGCAGAGGACUCAGUGCUGGAAUGGGGUUCUGAGGAAGGGGGACUCCUGAGCCCCCGCUACAGGUCCAUGGCUGAGAGUCCUGAGACCCAGGACAUUCCCAUGUCAGAGGCUUCCUCUGAGACAUGUUUUAAGGAGGAACACAUCAAAGAGUCUGAAUGCACCCUGUAACACGCCUCUACUGAUAGCCACAGGAGUUUCCAGACUGGCUCCAGACCUCAUUGGGGGUCUCCAUAAAACCACCACAGCCCAGGAGGUGGGUUUGGAUUGUAUGAUAUGCCCAACUCCAAUUUUAAAGAGAUAGCAGAAGUUCCAAUGUUCUGAAGAGAUGUUAGCCAUGUCCA